AUGACGGAGAACCAGACAUGGAUCCCAGAGUUUAUCCUGCAGGGAUUUUCACUGGGCCCAAGGAUGAGGAUGCUUCUCUGUGGCCUCUUCUCCGUGUGCUACACUUUCACACUGCUGGGGAACGGAGUCAUUCUGGGCCUCAUCUGGCUGGACUCCAGACUGCACACCCCUAUGUACAUCUUCCUGUCCCAUCUGGCCGUUGUCGACAUUUCAUAUGCUUCCAACAAUGUCCCCAAGAUGUUGGCAAACCUUCUUGACAAGAAAAAAACUAUUUCUUUUGUCCCGUGCAUAAUGCAGACAUUUUUAUACAUGGCUUUUGCUCAUACUGAGUGUCUCAUCCUGGUUAUGAUGUCCUAUGAUCGGUAUGUGGCCAUCUGCCACCCCUUGCAAUACUCUGUCAUUAUGGGCCGGAAAGCAUGUACCCUAAUGGCUGUUGUUUCCUGGACAUGUGGCUCCCUCCUAGCUCUGGUCCAUGUAAUCCUCAUCCUGAGGCUGCCCUUCUGUGGGCCCCACCAAAUCAAUCACUUCUUCUGUGAAAUCCUGUCUGUCCUCAAGCUGGCCUGUGCUGACACAACACUCAACAAAGUCGUCAUCUUUGCAGCUUCUGUGUUCGUCCUAGUGGGGCCCUUAUGCUUGGUGCUGGUCUCCUACACCCGCAUCCUGGUGGCCAUCCUGAGGAUGCAGUCAGGCCAGGGCCGCAGAAAGGCCUUCUCCACCUGCUCCUCCCACCUCUGUGUGGUUGGGCUCUUCUUCGGCAGCGCCAUCGUCAUGUACAUGGCCCCCAAGUCCCAGCACCCCGAGGAGCAGCAGAAGAUUCUUUCCCUGUUUUACAGCCUUUUCAACCCCAUGCUGAACCCCCUGAUCUACAGCCUGAGGAACGCUGAGAUCAAGGGUGCUGUGAAGAGGGUGUUGUGGAAACACAGAUCAAGGUGA